GUCAACCCGGAGAGAUCUGACAACACAGUCCGCGGGAGAAAUUCACGGACAUCACACUUGGCUUGGCGAACGAUUUUUGAGUACUGGGGUUGCUCGUGAGAGGCGAAGUGGGUCCCUUGUUCUUUGGUUGUCGAGAACACAAGAGACAUUUGUGAGCACCAUGCGGCCGUACGAGACGUUGGUGCGGAAGCUAUACCAGGUCAACCUGUUUCAUCCCGUCAAGAUGGGCCUGACCAACAUCACGAGGCUGCACGAGGCUCUCGGCAGCCCCGCCGACGGGCUGCCCGCGGUGCACAUCGCGGGUACCAACGGAAAGGGAUCCGUGGCGUUCAAGAUGGCGCGCUCUCUCCAGCUCGGGGGCCUCAAGACGGGGCUGUUUGUGUCCCCCCACAUGUCGUGCUUCCGAGAGAGGGUGCAGGUGGAUGGGGCUUUUAUCCCGGAAUCGAGCAUCGAGGACAUCUUGCCCAGGAUUUUCGAUUUGUGCGAAUCCGAGGACAUUCCGGCUACAUUCUUCGAGGUGACCACCGCGCUAGCCUUCCAACACUUCCGGGAAUCCGGGGUCGAUGCGAUCGUGGUGGAGACCGGGCUAGGGGGACGGUUGGACGCGACGAACAUAUUGAAGCCGGCUCUGACCGUCGUCACUUCCGUCGGGCUUGACCACACGAGGAUCUUGGGAGACACGGUGGAGCGAAUCGCCCUCGAGAAGGCCGGGAUUUUCAAGCCGGGCGUCCCCGCUCUCGUCGGCGACGGCUGUCCGGUCGACAUCAUGAGGGGCGUGGCCGAGAGCAGAGGGUGCCCAUUCCACCGCUGUACAGACGCCUUACCCGAAGGAACUAACGCCGGAGACGACCAAGAUUACGACGAGGAGAACACCCGCCUGGCCGAGGCGGGCCUGAUACUGCUGGGCCGUUCCCACCCGGAGUUUUGCGUUAACGAGGACGCCCUGCGCCGGGGCGUGACGCAGCGACCACCGUGCCGCUUCGAGGUGCUCCAGGUAGACGCCUCCGCGGCGGCGGCGGCGGCGGCGGCGGCGGUGGCGGCCACCGGGAAACGUGUCGAAUCUUCGCAUAGCGGGGGAGAAGCCGGUGCCGGCGGAGCGGGAAGCGGAGGCGGAGGCGUUGUCACGGUGGUGCUGGACGUUGCACACAACCCUCCGGCGAUCGUUCGGUGUUUCCAGAAGGUGGCCAAAGAAUUCCCGGGGAGGCGUAUUCGCGUUGUGGCGGCAUUUUCGGGCGACAAGGACUCGGAGGAUUGCCUCUCGACAGUCUUGACAAGGUCUGCCCCCGAAAGGAUACAUCUUGCCGAGGCGAGUCUCGCUGCGACUCGUCGAGCAACGUCGGUGGACGUCUUAGCCUCGCGCCUUUCCGAGCUGUCGGGAGGGAAAUUCGACUCGUCGUCGAGCAGGGUGAGGAGGGGGGACGAGAGCGUGCGGCAAGCUUUACGAGAUGCCAUCGCGGAGGCGUCGGUGUCUGGAGAUGGAGAAGAGUUGGAGAGGGACGUAGUGGUGGUAUGCGGUACGGUGUUCAUGAUGGCCGACAUCAGGGAGGAGCUCGGCUUCGACGAGCCGAGGGACUCAGCCGCCGCGGGAGAGGUGGGUGGAUCGAGCAACAGGGCAGCGCAGGACAAUCUGGCACGAACCGGCACGGACGGGUGAGGAGGAGCUUUCCGCGACGAGUUCAUGUGAAUAUCCCACCGUGCCACCCCCGGGCGGCAUCAUUCCGUCCGCGGUGCCUUCGAUGCAUGGUGGCAUUCGCUGCUGUUGUAGAGCCUCGCGCUCUCAAAACAUGCAGCACCGGCCGUGCCUUGUCCCGACGAGGGGCUAAGUGGGGCAUCCGUGCAUCCUGAACUCUGCGUUGUGUGUUGCGCCGGGAAAGCGACUCCAUCCGUACGUUUGGAAGCCCAAUCCCCGGCAGGGGUGGUUAGCCUUUGAAAUAUCGGGAAUACACCUUGACCGAUUUAGCUUUGACACUGCCGCUCGGCCACGUUUGCUGCUGUAGUCUGUGAUGUCACGGUUGUCCAACACGCCUUGAACGUGUGUCAGUCUCCGCGCGUUCUUGGACCACAGUUGAUAUGGCGUCGAUAUUGAAGUGUGCUGCCUGGUGAUGGGAUAUGCAGAACAAUGACGACGCUUUCGCGGCUAUGCCGUAUCGUGCUGCGAAGGGCUUCGCUGUACACUGGCCGCUGUAUGUACUGACAACUCCUGCUGACGGACCUCCUUCCAUGCAUUUCCUGCUGGACUUCCGUUCUC